UUCCACAACAGCACCACAGACAACAACUACUGCAGUACCUGUUGUGAGUGCUUCUUCAACCACUAUUGAAAGCACCACUGUCAGUACAGUCACAACAUCCACAACACCAACAGCUACAACAACACAUCCUUCAACAGUGACAUCAAUUGCUGCUGGAACUACUACUGCAGGAGUUUCCACAACAGCGCCACAGACAACAUCUACUGCAGUAACUUCUGUGAUUCCCCCAUUAAUCACUAUUGAAAGCACCACUACCAGUACAGCCACAACAUCCACAACACAUCCUUCAACAGUGACAUCAACUGCUGCUGGAACUACUACUGCAGGCGUUUCCACAUCAGCACCACAGGCAACAACUACUGCAGGACCUGUUGUGAGUGCUUCUUCAACCACUAUUGAAAGCACCACUGUCAGUACAGUCACAACAUCCACAACACCAACAGCUACAACAACACAUCCUUCAACAGUGACCUCAACUGCUGCUGUAAUCACUACUGCAGGAGUUUCCACAACAGCGCCACAGACGACAACUACUGCAGUUCCUGUUGUGAGUGCUUCUUCAACCACUAUUGAAAGCACCACUAUCAGUACAGCCACAACAUCCACAACACCAACAGCUACAACAACACAUCCACAAACAGCUACAACAACAGGGCCCUCAACUACCACAACAACUGCUGCUGGAACAUCCACCACCAGUGGAAUAUUUAUCACAACAGUGCCACAAACACAAACAUCUACUUAUGCCUCAGUCACUGACUCUUCAACAGCCUUCGGAAGUACAACAUCCAUACCAGGUCCUGCUACUAGUGGAGCAGUUACCAUGACAUCACCACCAACGUUUAUUUCAUUCUCUCCAUCAUCAAAUGUCUCUGAGAGCACAACUGUUAGUACCAUUGAAACAUCCGCAACAACAAAAGGAUUCUCUGCACUUAAAACAGAAACUUCUGUUUUUACUUCAGCAACUCCCUAUUCAACUACCUUUAACACUACGACUGGUAACACAGCUGGAACAUCAACAAAUUCAUUUGCCUCUACCACUAAUAUAACCACUCUCUCAACCACUAAUGCAACAACAACAAGACCCUUGACAUCUACAUUUAUAGUGCCUACGACUACAACUACAAAAUUUGUACCUGUGUAUCUAACAGAUCUGGUGUUCCGCUCUUUUGACACAUUUAUAGUUGAACUCAAUGAUUCAAACUCGCAGGCCUUCAAGUCAAGAGCUGAGCUUGUCAGAUCUCAGAUUAGACCAAUCUACAGAGCAAAAUAUCCUUCUUUUAUCGAAGUGAUUGUCUUGCGUUUUAGACCAGGGUCAAUCAUCACAGAAACACAACUAGUUUUCAACUCCACACAAUCUGUUCCAACCGUUCAAGAGAUUUCAGACACCCUCUUUACAGCAGUGAUAACAGGAGAUAUCAACCCCCUGAAUAUAACUCCUUAUUCAAUUUCAGUCAAUGGUUCGGUUAUAAACAUGACUACUUCAACUACAGCAUCAACAACAAUAACAACAACGGCGACGACAGCGAUGACAACAACAACAACAACAACAACAACACCGCCGACAACAACAAGACGCUUGACAUCUACAACUAAAGUGCCUAUGACUACAACUACAAAAUUUGUACCCGUGUAUCUAACAGCUCUGGUGUUUCGCUCUUUUGACAUAUUUAUAGUUGAACUCAGUGAUGUAAACUCUCAGGCUUUCAAGUCAAGAGCUGAGCUUGUCAGAUUUCAGCUUGAACCAAUCUACAGAGCAAAAUAUCCUUCCUUCAUCAGAGUGAUUGUCUUACGCUUCAGUCCUGGGUCAAUCAUCACGGAUACACAACUAGUUUUUAACUCCACACAAGCUGUUCCAACCGUUCAAGAGAUUGCGAAUGCUCUCUUGACAGCAGUGGAAACAGGAGGUGUCGAUCCACUGAAAAUAAUCCCUACAACAGUUUCAGUCAAUGGUUCAGUUAUAGCUACGACUGUUGCUGCAACUACAACUACAACUAAAACUGCAGCUGCAACUACAGCUUCAAGUGGACUGAAGAUUGAAUCCAGCCUGCUCCAAGCAACAUGGCUUAUUAUUAUGGCAAAAAUAUUACAGCUUUUCCUAUAGAUCCCUUAACAAAGAAUGCAAGUUGCGAGAAAUGCAAGGCAUGUGCAAGGCACGAAUUAUACUUGCAAAUUAUAAUAUUUUUGUAUGUGUAUUAUGUGUUAUUUAGUAUUGUAGCACACUCUCAAAAUAAUGGCAAUGGCAAUAUAAACACAAAGAAUACAAAAAAAAAAAUGUAUAUAUCAAU